CAUCUCCCCACUGAUCUCUGCGAGUAGUACCUCUAAGCGCAGUACUUGUUAUUUUGUGCACAAGGUUGUUUAUAAUCUAAAGAUGGCGCAGGUGUUGUUUGGCAAGUGCUGCCUCCUUUGCCUCAAUUGAAACUAUUGUUUUUAUUCUGAAAAGCGCAGUUAUAACAGAUAUAAUUAUUUAUAAAAAAGAACAAUAAGGUUUAUUUUUACUUAAUAAUUUAUUACUGAUAAAUAUGAGUGAAGAGGAUGGAGAUGCAGAACUGUUUGAACUGGAAAGAAGCAAAUCUGAACUUUUGAAGAAAAUCGAUGCCCUAAAGAAGGUAUCAGAAAAGAUUGGAAGUCAAUGUCGGCGAUAUAAACUUCCCCCAAAGAAAAUUUUUGGAAAUGGACACUCUGCUGCCAAUUCAGGACAAUCCAACACUGAUGGAAACACAGUAAAAUUACUUUGCGAUGCAUCUCGUCAUGCCACUGGAGUUAGUUUUAAGAAUGUUGACAGAAAAUGGUUGAAACAUGAUACAUAUUUGUAUACUGCAUAUGUCAAAAUGAAAGUAGCACGAUUCUUUCUUGAUUUGACAGUAGAGACCAAAGGAGAAUCUGAAUUGAAGAUUCUUGAUAUCACUUGUCAUUUUGUUGGUGUGGCUGACUGUUAUUUAUUAGAGAUUACACCCUGGGUACAACAAAUUGCAACUGCAAAGGAUUUCUCAUAUAUGAUGACUGUUUUAUCAGAUCAUUCAGAACAGUGUGUGUUGAGAGUGAAAAUAUUGGACAAAGUGAACAAGAAUAAGUAUGUAACAGUAAAGCAAUGCGAGGAAGGUAUAGGUGGAUUUGUUAUUCUUAUCAAUUCACACACCGACAAUGAGCCUAAUUCUAUAAAAGUCCAAUGGUCCUUAAAAUAUACUGAAAGGUCUUGCCGUAUUGAUCACAAAUUUCAAAUGUGGGCUGUGGGUUCAGGAUUAGAGUUUAUGAAAGAGAAUUCUCAAAUAGUGGAGAAUUUUUACAGAAAAAGUCUCAAUGAAACCGAUUUGGAUAAAAUAUGGUCAGAUCUGUUGGAUGCGAUUGAUAAAUUCGAGGAAGAAGGAAAAUUCAACGCACCUUAAACAUUUCUCAGUAUCUAACGUUUAUUCAUUUUUCCUAUUUUGUACUAUCUCCCUAUCUCGUGUCAUUAUCCAUAAUAAAUAUUUUUGUACAUGAUCCUUAA